CCGCGGCAGGGUUCCUCGCUUCCCAUUGGUCCGUCUCUCCGAGCAGCGGAGGCAGACAUGAGGCAGUGGUGAGAGCCCGGCGGAGAGCUGCGGAGCUGAAAUGAAGCGCACACACGGAGCGGCUCACACCGUGCAGUUCCGUGCGGCUCAGGAAGAGGCUCCGCGCCGCUAAAGCUGAAGCUGCUCCGGCUGAGUGAAGGGCUCCGUCCAUGCGGAGGCUAGCGCUCAUUCUGCUGCCCUGUGCUGUCGCCGUUCUGGUGCACUUGUGGUUGGCACAACGACCCUCCUCCACCCCGCCGGACAACAACACACACUCGGAUGAAGCGUUACCUUUCUAUGAAGUUUUGGUGGGAGUGCUGUCAGCGAGACACCAUUAUGAACUGCGACAAGCGAUAAGAGAGACCUGGCUGGGCUACCUCCGAGAUCACCCCCACUUCCAGCACAGAGUGGGGGUGAAGUUCAUUGUGGGUGAACAUGGGUGUCCCAUCCCAGAGGAGGACAGAGAGGAUCCCUACUCCUGCUCGCUCCUGAACUUCACCCAGCCAGUGGCAGGCCAGGAUGCAGAGAUUGAGAUUGUGACGGUGUCCGACCCCUUGGCGCUCGCCCCCUCCGACGUGUCAGCCAUUGCCCUGGAUUUCAAGGUCCUCCACCCAGUGGUGAUCACCCGGCUGGGGGUGUUUCCCAGCGGGACCCGGCCCGAGCUCCAGAGCAAUGUUACGGUGAAGCUUCUCCAGCUAGACCAGGAGGAGGCUGUGGUCACUGCUCGCUUCAGUGCCAUCAGCACAGGGACCAUGAUGAACGGGGUGUGGUACAAACCAGUGGAGCAGUUCAUCUUGCCUAAGGGUUUUGAGGGGACCCUGGUUUGGGAGAAUUUGGAUUCUGCUGGAUUGAACACAGUCAACUCUUCCUCUGUGCAGCUCAGUGAUGGAGGAGGUGUCCUCAAGAUCUCCUCUAUCGCAGAGGGCAUAUUGCCUCAUAGAAGUGCGCUUGGAUUUCCCGGUUUGGCUGGAGGGUUCACAUUUACUAUCUAUGAUGCAGAUGGCCUGUCGGGGCUCCUGCGGGGCCGUCCAGCCAGGAUGGAGAACCAUGCCUCCAGGCUGAGGCAAGAGGACACCGCCUUGCAGCAGGAGAGCCUCAGGCACGACGACAUGGUGUUCGUAGACGUGGUUGACACCUACAGGAACGUGCCUUCCAAACUGCUUCAGUUCUAUAAAUGGUCUGUGGAAAACGCUGACUUUAAUCUGCUGCUGAAGACUGAUGAUGAUUGUUACAUCGACGUGGACUCAGUAUUAAUGAAGAUUGACCACAAGGGUCUCAAGCGUAGCAAUUUCUGGUGGGGCAAUUUCAGGCAGAGCUGGGCAGUGGAUCGCAUCGGGAAGUGGCAGGAGCUUGAGUAUGCCAGUCCAGCCUACCCGGCAUUCGCUUGCGGCUCAGGCUACGUGGUCUCUCGUGACCUGGUCCAGUGGCUCGCCAGCAACGCAGAUAAACUGAAGGCCUACCAGGGAGAAGAUGUGAGCAUGGGGAUCUGGAUGGCAGCUGUUGGACCACAGAAAUAUCAGGACCCCGGCUGGCUGUGUGAGAAAGAGUGCUACCUGGACAUGCUGUCGUCCCCCCAACACACAGCCGAGGAGCUGCACAUCCUCUGGGACAGGAAGAGGGCCUGCGGAGACCCAUGCGGUUGUCCUUGGGGCCACUAGAUCUGGCUCACACCGCACUGACCAAGUGGCACUGUGGGUAAAAUACAUUCAAACACUGGUUGUCAGUUUCUGUGGUUUCCUUAAAAAGAAAAAACAACAACCUCAAAGUGAGUCGUUUCAGACUUUUAUCAGUUAUUUAGAUAUGAUGAAAACACAUGGAACUGUUGGAAAAUAAUCUUAAAAACUUUAAGGAUCCAUUGCAGGUUCUUAAUAUUAACAAAAAUACUGUGCCAACAUAAACAUUUGCAGCUUCAGAAUAUGUUAAACAGUCACAUGUAGCUGUAGCACGCUGUCAGUGUUUGUAUCAUGAGCUUGGUUAUUACACUUGAAAUGAAAAUGUGGAUUCAAAGAUGUUUUUAGUGAUUUUAGUGAUACCUGACAGGGACGGACAAGAACCGCAUGUGCAAUAAAAGCAUGUGACGUCAUCAUGUACAGAAUCAUCGCUGUAAGCCUUGAGUACUUUGUAAUAAUAUAAUUAUUGGUACUCUGAUACUUGACAGACUUCAGCCUUUUGCUUUAAAAAGGAUAUUUGAUGGAAUUUUGAAGAUGAUCGCUUUGCAUUGGUAUAUUUUGUAAAUUAUUGUCUUAAGCUUUUCAUCCUCUUCACUAUUUGUAGAUUUAUGAUGAGCUUUCACACACACACACAGUUUGUACUGUAACUGUCAUUGUGCAAAUAGUGAUGUGGCCUUACUGUAUUUGUUAGGCGUCAUACUGUAUGUACGUUAACACUUGUGAUAUCGACACAGAUUUAAACUCAUGUAUUUGCAACAUUUUUGGAACUUGACAGUCGGAGCGACUGUGAAAUAGACUCACUAGUUUAACGCUAGUUUUAUGACGCCCUCCUCACAGGACAAAUAAAGAAACUUAAAAGAGA